AUGGUCCCAAAUGAAGCUGCUCAAUAUACAGGGAUUGUCCGAUUGCUUCUCCAUUUUGGAUGGAAUUGGGUUGGACUAUUUGCUGUGGAGGAUGACAGUGGAUAUCGUUUCCUGCGGUUCCUGGAGCCAUUGCUCUCCCAGAAUAGAAUCUGUUCGGCUUUCACGCAAAGAAUUCCAAGCAAACUACAUUUGAAUAAGGGGAAGGCAUAUGAAAGCAUACUCUCAAAGAUUUACCUGCUUUUCACAGAGAGCAAAGCCAAUACAUUUAUCCUCUAUGGAGAAACAAAGGCCUUUAUGUGGCUGCGGUAUUUUAUGCUAAUAAUUGCUGAAACCUAUAAGGACAUCACAUCUGUUUCCAGAAAGGUGUGGAUUAUAACAGCCCAAAUUGAGUAUGCAUUUGGUGGCUUUCAGAAAGAUUUGGAUUUGCAACUCUUCCAAGGUUCCAUUUUUUUCACCAUUCACUCAAAGGAGCUAAUAGGGUUCCAGACAUUUCUGAAGACCCCAGGACCUUACUGGGCACAGGGAGAUGGUUUUCUCAAGGUCUUCUGGGAGCAUGCCUUUGACUGUUCAAUUCCAAAUCCCGGAGUGCUGACAAAGGUUGAUGGCGCAUGCAAUGGGAAAGAGAGACUGGAGAGCCUUCCUGGGUCUGCUUUUGAAAUGGACAUGACUGGCCACAGCUACAGUAUCUAUAAUGCUGUCUAUGUGGUGGCACAUGCUUUGCACACCAUGCAUUCAUCUGGAUCCAAACACAGAGCAAUGCUGGGUGAUAAAAAGAAAUUCAACGCUUGGCAGCUCCAUCCAUUUCUUCAAGGCAUUUAUUUUAACAACACAGCUGGAGAACUGUUGCAUUUUAAUGAUAGAAAGGAAAUGGUAGCUGGAUUUGAUAUAAUAAACAUAAAUGUAUUCCCAAACAACUCCAUCCUUAAAGUAAGAGUUGGAAGAAUGGAUCCUAGUGAAGGAAAAGAAUUCAUCAUUGAUGAGGAUUUAAUCAUUUGGCACAGGAGUUUUAACCAGGUGUUGCCCCUUUCAGUGUGCAGUGCCUCCUGCCCCCCUGGUUUUCAGAAGAAAAAGAGGGAAGGAGAGAAAUUUUGCUGCCAUGAUUGUACUCCAUGCCCAGAAGGCAAGAUUUCCAACCAAACGGAUAUGGACGACUGUUUCAAAUGCCCAGAAGAUGAAUAUCCAAACAAGUACAAAGAUGGAUGCAUCUCUAAAGUUACAAACUUUCUGUCUUAUGAUGAACCUUUAGGGAUCGGUUUAACCUCAGUUGCUGUUUCUUUUUCAUUGAUCACAGCUUUGGUGCUAGUAACAUUUAUUAAGCACCAAGAUACUCCCAUAGUCAAAGCCAACAAUCAAGAUAUCACCUACAUCCUCCUAAUCUCCCUCCUUCUUUGUUUCCUCUCUUCUUUGCUGUUUCUUGGACAGCCUACAAAAGUGACCUGCUAUCUCCAACAGUCUGCUUUUGUCAUCAUUUUCUCAGUGGCCAUUUCGUGUGUGUUGGCCAAAACCAUCACUGUGGUUGUAGCCUUCAUGGCCACCAAACCAGGUUCCAACAUGAGGAAGUGGGUGGGGAAAAGACUGCCUAACUCCAUUGUCCUUUCCUGUUCCCUUAUUCAAGCAGGCAUUUGUGCAGGGUGGCUGGGAACCUCACCACCUUUCCCAGAUUUGGACAUGCAGUCACUAACUGGAGAAAUCAUAGCAGAAUGUAACCCAGGGUCCACCACCAUGUUUUAUCUUGUUUUGGGCUACAUGGGACUUCUGUCCAUCAUCAGCUUCAUGGUGGCUUUCUUAGCCAGAAAUUUGCCAGACACUUUUAACGAGGCCAAGUUCAUCACCUUCAGUAUGCUGAUGUUUUGCAGUGUUUGGUUGUCUUUUGUUCCCACCUAUCUCAGCACCAGGGGUAAAUAUAUGGUUGUUGUGGAGAUCUUCUCUAUCUUAGCCUCCAGUGCUGGGCUACUGUGCUGUAUCUUUCCCCCCAAAUGCUACAUUAUUGUGCUGAGGCCUGAUCUGAACAACAAAAAGCAGUUGAUAAGGAGAAAUAAAUAA